ACUGGCAUUCACACCAAAGUCCUCAUCAACAUAACCAGAGUGGUGACUGUCUGAUCUCUGGGGGUCAGUGUUCACUCAGGUCAAUAAGAUCCUCCUCAAGGUGCUCCUCUUCCUCCUGCCUCCUCCUCAGCCAAUCAGCUCUCAGCUGCUUCACCCCCUCUCCAUAGUAAUCAUGUAGCUUGGUGAAAUCCUCUAGAGGAUCAAAGUCCACUUGUGGCCAUUCCCCAUAUGGUGGUGCUGGUCCAUUUAUCGGUGUGACAUGUGCAUUUCUCUUGGGCCAAUGCUUAGGGGACCUCUUAUUGAUCACUUUGCUGGGCAUUGGAGGGGCUUGUAAUACAUUACUGGCACUGUGGCUUCCCCCUUCUCUCCUCACUGGUCCUGGCAUGAGGAAGGAGGAGGAGCAUGAGUUCAGGGAAGCCAUGGAUUGGGUAAGGCACUUUGAGCCUGGACCAGUCACAGUGGUUCGUUGAUGGGAUUCAGCAGGGCCUGCUUGGCGUUUAGCCUCUGCUUAGUGACAAAAGAAUACAGGUUGAGAGGCAGGAUAGGAGCACAUCUUUUUGAAGCAUGAAUACAAGAAUACACACACAUCACACUCUCUCCACACACUCACCUUCGUAUUGCUUCCCCAGGUCUCUGACCAGCAGUGAAAGGUAGCAGUGGCUGGCUGUGAGCAGAGCUUUGACCCAGCUCUCCUGGCCCAGCUGGUCCUCAGCAGCAAGCCUGUAGCUUUUCAGCCCUGACCCUCUGAACACCAUGGAGAAGGCAAACAGUCCUCCCUCAGACUCACAGUGCUGGACAGCACAGCCCUCUAGGACAAUAACCCCCAGCAGGUGUCGAUCUGCCGGACGCUCCUGGUAGAACAGCAGAUUGGCCUUCAGGACAAACCAGCGCCUCUGGUAGGAGGAGGUCCUCUCUUUCUAAUGUGGUAUGUGUAAGAGGAGGAUGCCAGGGUGGUGGGGUGAAAGAUGGAGAAAGGGAGGAAUAAGUUACAAUAUUUUUGGUGAAGGGAAGUUGUAAAGAGUGAGAAUAAAUAGGUACGGAGAUAAAUACAGAGAUAAUUUUACCCAAAUGAGUGCCAUUAUACAAGGGGGGGGGGGGGGGGGGGGGGGUUGAGUGUGAUAAUAAUAGAAGUAGCUUCAAAUAUCAGUUGAGACAUAAUUAUUAUUAGGCAGGGAAACGCACAAGGCCAAGAGGAGACUGUGUUAUAACAGAAUCUCACAGCAUAUUGAUAAUGUAAUUUGGCUCUUGCUUGUGUCUGUCAACUUUUACAAUACCUUUUUGUAGAGAUAUCCUUCUUUAUCUACCGGUGAGGUGCAGGAUAGGUAAUGGGUUAAAAUCUUCUCAUGGAUCUUCAUUACAACGUUCUCCACCGAAGAUAGGAUCCUUUAGAGGAUGGAAGGCACCCUUGACAAUAUCAAUACAGUACCAGUAGUACAGACACAUAACAUUUGAGUCUUGUUUGUCUGUCAAAAUACCUCCUUUCUUUUUUUACCAGUAAAGCAACAUAGUCAGUAACCAGUUGCCAUAGUCCUCUAUUCAACUAGUCCAUUCUUUAUGACAAUUAUCUUAAAUCUACACACAAUUUCCAUCUCUAUCUCUUGCCAGUCGAGCGGAGGAGUAGUGUGUUAUCCAAGCUUACCUCUCAGGGUCACUCUCUAUCCAUCCAAUUGUAAAUGUUUUAGAAUUUCUGCCAUAAACCUUCACUUGUUCCUCUCAGUCUAAUGCCCACAGUAGUUGAUGUUCACUGCAACGCAUCUAGAAUAAGACAAUGUUUAAAUAUAAAGUUUCAGGUUACGAACACAGGUCCUCCCCUGGGUACUAGAGGACAAGUGUUGAAAUAUAAAUAACUCGACCCACAUCCUGGUAACAAAACUCUGACACACAAUAUUCUCUCUCCCCUCUACGUUUGAGUCCUCAUCUAUUACCCAGAUAGUAUACAUUGAGGGGGUGUUUUUCCUCACUUCCCUGUUCUGUGUAAAAUGUUAAGUUAAUUUCCUCAUUGAUGCUUUAGAAAAAGUAUUACUUUAUCAAAGUCCAUUAAAUGUGUUCUUGAAGUUGAUUAAAUGUUCCUUACUUCCUCUGAUGAUUGAUUCAGAAUCAAGAAAGAAUCCUCUCAUUAAGGCCUAGUUGGGCCCUAGAGCACCAAAAUGACUGGUAAUGAGGGCCAGAGCCACAUAAACAGAGCUUUAUCAGUGCAGUUUUUAUCUUUUGAAAUUAAGCAAACAUUUUGAUGAACAAUUAAAACAAAAAUGGACUAGAGAACAAUGAGAGUUAUUUGACCUUGACAAAGGGAAAACUUGUGCUUGCACUGAAAUCAUAGAAGCCCAAAGAGUAUAAAAACAUACUCUGUGGCUUACCUGAACAUAGUAACAACACAAGGCUCCUAAGAAAAGGAGUAGUGUCAUUGGCUUUCAUUAAAUUGGUAAUUAAAGGCAAAUAUUUCCCCUCCUUUAAACACCCAUGAAAUGGCCUUGCAUUGAGAUAGAUACGUUACAAAACAUUUAAACACUUCUACACUAACACACUCUGAAUACACCCCGUUCUGGUGCUGAACGUUUUGACCUGUUUAGAGAACUUUUUGAGACCGUGAUGACUCUUGAACACGCCCCAGAACGGUACGCAUCACAUCACUUCCUGUUUAGUUGAAUGGCGCUUGCAGACUUUUCAUAUCGAUAGCUGGUAGCUAGCGAGGUAGUUUUUGUUUUCCUUAGCUUUCUGCAUUUAGAUACAUGUUGUAUUUUUUUUCCGAAUUAUGCUUAUCCAUCCACAGAUUCAUGCAAGGUGUUGUGAAGCCAGCUAACUUACGCCCCUUUAACAUUAUUUACUAACUCCGCACGUGUCGUUGUUGUUGCUUGGUACCUGCUAGUACUGUAGCAGCUAGCAAAACAAAACUAAUUUAGCUAGCUGUAGUAAUCGCACUAUUGUGGAGAUAAUCAUAUCAAUCACGUAAGUUAACGCCACGUGGAAUAGUGUAGUCGCUUAAAUAUUUAUAAAAUACUUACAAGAUUAUCCAAAGGCUUCAGUAACUGGUUAGUUAACGUUAAGUUAGCUCGCUAGUUAACGUUAGCUAGCACAGUAGUAAGCUAGCUAAGAAGAUUGCUUCAAUUUGAUUGAUUACAGUACAGUAAUAUAGAGACAACAUUUAUACUACAAACGUUUCGAUUUUUUUUUCUCUUCUGUCAUCAACAGCAUGUCAAAAAGGAAAGUCACGUUUGGGGACGGCGAUGGUGGAGAGUUGUUAGAGUUGGAUGAGGACGUUCCAAAAAAAAAGGUGCUGCCACAAACAGUUUAUCAGAUCUUAAGUAUAGUGCUACAUGGAUUUUUAACAGCACAGAGUGGGACAUAAUUACAUCUGACAAACACAACACAAAAAUGCUUUUUGAUGUAAGAAUCUUUCAGUUACUUUUGUUAGCUAGAGGCAUUUGUUUGUAGGUUUUCUAUACUGACCAGUUUGCUUUGUUCUCUUACCCACCUGGGAACUCGCCAGUUGUGUGAGGACGUGGUUGGGCCGGGCUCCAGGUUCAAGGGAAAACAUUCUCUGGACAGUGACGAGGAGGACGAGGAAGAAGAUGAAGAUAAGAGCAGCAAAUACAACAUAUUGGCCAGUGACGAUGUGGAAGGUAUGUCUUACCAAUUUGAUUGUCUUCAUAACUGAGACCUGGCCAUCCAGUUAUUUAAAGGUAGACUGCGAAUUGACGUUUGCCACAAGCAGCACCGCAGAUAUUGGGAUAAGGGAGACGCAAGACUUCCCUCGCACACAGUCACACACAGUAUCUGUGCAUAUGCACGGGUUCGCCUUACGCUUUACAACGUGGUAGCCACGGGACCAAAUCAGCGGAGAGGUUGAGCCUUGCGCUUCAACACUCUUAGUUGUUGUGUAAAUUGAUCCACUAUGCUGUUUAGUUUUUGCAUCUGUCAUAUCGCUGAGGCUACCUUUAAUGUCUAAAAGUGCAUGUUUUGUUUUAGGUCAGGAGGGGGCAACAAUUGACUGUGACGAGGGAGUUCCCAUCACACCCUUUAACCUGGACGAUGAGAUGCAAGAAGGGCACUUUGACUCAGAAGGAAACUACUACGUCAAAAGGGAUGAGGAGAUCAGGGACAACUGGCUUGACAACAUUGACUGGGUAACUGUGUCUUUAGUUAUUUCAUUAGUCGUUCACUGCAGAAAUGUCACACACAAUGAAGUAACGUAUUUGUCUCGCUCUUUAGGUGAAAAUAAGAGAGCAACCUACUAAACGAAAGAAGAAAGGUCUGGCAGCCAAGAGGAGGAGGAGAGUUGGGGAUGAAGAUGAGGCAGAAGAAGAGAAACAGAGAGAGGAGAAGCAGGCAGACAGUGACGAAGAGGAAGACAUGGAAGAAGAAAAGGAGCCAGUUGAGGACCCCCUGGCAUCCUACAGCCAGCAUCAGCUCACAGAGGCUGUGUUGGAGCUGCUAUUACCUGGGGAGACUGUUGCCGCAGGGCUUCGGCGGCUUGGAGGCCUAGGGGGGCGGAAGAAGGGAAAGCUGAGGGAAGAGAACGGGAAAGCAGAAGAAACAAAUAGGGAUACUGAAAAACUGGACAGGCUCACAACACUGGCAGACAGACUGGUUGGGAGUGGGGUGUUUGAAAUAUAUCAGCAGACGUAUGAGAAACUGGCCUACACACUGAAAGGAAAGAGCCAGCAGCAAUCAGCGGGGAGGAGUAAACAUGGGGAGGAUGAAGAGGAAGAAGAUGAGCUUGACAUGUUUGCAGACAAAAUUGAUGAGAAACACAGUGUCAAAGCUCCGGACAAAGAGGAUCAGGAUGAUGAGACAGGUUAGUGAGAGUAAAUUGGUGUGCAGUCAGCUGGUUCCAAACCUUUUACACUACUAUUACAGGUGCAAUUUUUGUUGACUGUUGAGAUGUAUGUCAAUACAUAUUUUGUUUGUCUUAAGUGAGUGACGAGGUGAUGUGGGAGUAUAAAUGGGACACAGAGGAGAAUUCUGAACUCUACGGCCCCUUCAGCAGUCAGCAGAUGCAGGUUUGAAUUAUCUCUCCAUUUUCUAUUACAGUAUAAUGGACAAGAAAUUAAGGGCAGCAACAUCAACACUAUCAGUUUAUUUUCCUUCUCCCCUUAUGAUCCUGUACCUGGUUAAACUGGAUUAGGCCGGUUCUGUCCAGUAAUCCCAAUUUUCUGUCUCUUUCAGGGCUGGGUGGAUGAGGGCUAUUUCAAAGAUGGCGUUUACUGCAGGAGGAUUGAACAGGGAAGCGCUCAGUUCUACAAUUCCAAGAGACUAGACUUUGAUCUUUACACAUGACCAUGAUCAGUCCUUGACUAAUAAUGUUAUGUAUUAUGUUGUGUUUCGUGUGGACCCCAGUAAGAGUAGCUGCGGCUUUUGCAGCAGCUAAUGGGGAUCCUAAUAAAUACCAAUGAUAGUCUCUCGCUCUCUCUCACACACACACACAUCCAAAUUCUCUAUUAUCUGAUCUCUUAUUGUAUGUAGCCUCCCUGUUUUAAAAUAAACACAUUGGUAUUUUAUAUUGUCUAUUUCUUGUCUGCUGCUAAGCCUAGAAGCAAGGUCUUGAAACAUUGCUAAUGCAUUUCGCUAAACAUUGGUUUUAGGAGCAGUUGUUAGACAAGUUUGCUAAAACUUGUCCCGUGUAGCUCAGUUGGUAGAGUUCGUUUCCCACGGGGGACUAGUAUGGGGGAAAAAUUAAAAUGUAUGCACUCACUAACUGUAAGUCGCUCUGUAAUAUGUUGUAUUACACUGGCUUCUGAACCAGCUACUUUCCGGCUUUGUGAUUGGUUCUAAUGUACAUCACUCGAGGACAAAGACUGCUUUCUCGCUUCUAUUGGCCGCCCUUACCCAACAAGAUCCCUUCACUAGAAUGCAGUUGGUUGAGAGACGUUUAUAGCUUUCCUUCAUUGGUUAGAUUUUCCGGAGGGAUUUGUUCAAUGUGAAAGCUUCGCUCUGAUUGGUUUAUUGGUCGGUGUGUCAGUGGAACUUUGAUGAACGGACAUCUGUGAAAUGGUUAAACUUGGGCGCCGUCCUGUGUCGUGUUUACGAUAAAAAUGUCUGUACACAAUUAUAACAGAACCUCAUGUUUUUCUUAGCAAAAAAUUGGGGCGGUGCGGUAAGUUUACUAUUUGAAGUUGGCUACAUAAAAUAUGCAUAUUUUGAAUGUUUAUGACAAUAACGUUAUCGCAGCAGUGCAUUGGCUGGCUGCUAGUGCUAACGUUAGCAUAUUUGCUAACGUUAGCUAGCUACCUAGCUACUAAUACUCGCCCUAACCUCAUUUUACGUUAUCCUCCUUGAAAUUAUUUUAACAACACACAUCUACUACUAGUUAACGAAUAACGUUAGCUCUUGUAGAAGUGGCCACCACCGGUGUACCAUCCCCAAGACAACAAAAAAUAAUGUGCUUUGUUCAAAAGAGAGUGCAUGAUAUGUAUUGUCAAUAGGAGGCAGAAUUAUGCAUUUUAUCAAAUACUGGUAGGUAUUAGUGGCUUAUUCACGCAUUUGUUAGCUGACGAGGUAAAACUAAUCAAAUCAGGUUUGAUUGUUCAUUCUAGAAAGGUUAAGCUAGAUGGUCUCUUGUAAAGUGGUUAUCCCACUGGCUAUAGGGUGAACGCACCAAUUUGUGAGUCGCUCUGGCUAAGAGCGUCUGCUAAAUGACGUUAAUGUGCCCUUGAGCAAGGCACUUAACCCUAAUUGCUCCUGUAAGUCGCUCUGGUUAAGAGCGUCUGCUAAAUGACUAAAAUGUAAAUGUAAAAUGUAUGGUGAGCUGUGUAUGUGUUGGGUUGUUAGCUAACUAAGUUAGUGCUUUUAUUUUCAUCCAGCUAACACUUUCAAUUUGUGUACAUUUUGCACAAACGUUUACUGUGCAAUUGCUGAACAUAUACCAUAAGCAAGCAAGCCAGUGCCUACCUAAUUUGAAAAUGAGAUAAAAGCAUGUUUAUCAAAUUUUUCACUUAUGUUGAUGUCCAGCAUGUUUGUUUCUGUUGUUGUCUUUACAGAGAAAGACAGAUAGAGGGAGAGAUUGAGGAUGUUGACCUAGUUCCCUGAAUUGCUCCCCUAAAUAGUCUGUCCAAUGGAGGGAGUUUCCAAGGUUCCCCCAACCCCUUUCUGUAAUCCCUCUCACAGCGAACCUCCACCCCACCUUCUCCCUCUUUCCUCCGUCACCCCCAGGUAUAGUUACCCUGGCACCUUUUGCUUUCCUCUUCCCCUAUUGUGUUUAUAGUCUUGCUUGUUUGAAACCCAUGUUUUUAACCACCAUCGCAAUUACUGAGAGCUACUGAUGAAAAGUCCAAACAAUAAUUGUUCAUCUCCCACAGCUGUGAAGAUGGCAAAAAGCCUGGUGAUAGGAGGAGGAGUGGGCGCAUUCAGAAGACACCGAAGAAGCAGGAGCCCAAAGACACAGUGGCAGAGUCCAGACAAAAUACAUCCCCUGCCAAGAGAGCGAGGGAGAGCAGCAUUGUAGUUACAUGUUUAAGUGUUAAUGGUUUCUUAGAUAUUAUAGGCUACCUAAAAGGGUCUCGUUUGGUAAUCAGUUCACUCCUCUCUGAUCCUUAGGUGCAAGCGUCUCACUCCCUGUCAGUAAAGCUAAUGAGAGUUGAUACCCCCCGCAAACAACCACUAAAAAAGGUAUGCAGUAAAUGUCUAUUUGUGCAUGGGCACCUUUCUACUGUAUCCACUCUAGAACAUAUGUCUGUACAUCAGUGCUGUUUAACAUUAGGGAGGACAAUUGUUUUAUUUUAUUUGUAUGAGCAUGGUCUUAUUUCUAUUACAGCAUAUUGGAUGACUGUCAUUCAUAUUCCAUUUAGCCAGCCAUGAUACCCACAUUUUCCCUAUACCCAUCAUGAGUUUGCUACAACCUAGCCUACGAAUUAAAGUUUAUAACGUAGGUGCACAGGCUGAGAGACAAAUUGUAGUAAUCAAGGUAACAGACAGUGACACAUUAAAUACCGCCUUGCACACUUGCCUGCAUCUAGCUGAUCUAGGUGUAAUCAUUAGUCCAAACAGUUGCAAACAAGAGUUUCUAUUGGACAAAUUCAGGUAGGUUUAUUUGCUUCCGUUUAAGAAAAGUGUUUCAACAGAGUCGGAGGAAUGAAUACACCCAUGAUCACCCGCACACAAGGUUCACUUUCAUAGCAGCCACAUACAAACAUAAUUCCUUCUCACAUCUACGCGCUCUCCUCCUCUCACCUAUUCCCUUCGCUUGUGGUCUUCUGACAGAAUGUAGCCUAAUGAAAGAAUGUCGCAAAUGCACUUACCCAGAUGAUCAAGAUGAAAUAACAAUAGCUGUUUUGUGGCUUAGCUAGGCUUUGGCUCGCGGCUACGGGAAUCACUCACGCACGUUCUUAAUCUUUUUUAAUCCGUUUUUUGUCUUUCAAUGUCCUUUUCUGGUUUGUUCGUUCUAUAUUUGUCCUUAUUUCUUUGUCCAUUCCUUCCUCCCCUCCCGCGUCUCCCACUGUUCUCUUUUUUUCCCCUGUGUGUAAUUAUCCCCGUGCCUACACCUGCGCCGUAAAUAAGGGGUGUGAUCGGGGAUUUCUGUGACGUCGACAGGGAUUCCCUGAGUGCCCCUGCCCCUCUGACUUCCAUUGACCUCCACACCUCUGGAUGGUUCACAGUAGGCUAAUAUAACUGAUAUCUGAGUAUUUACCCAUUUGUAAAUCAUUCUGCAACCCUCCUUCCUGAGAAAAAAAAUAGACGAUACAAACGUAUCUCAGUGAUGUUUGGACAGGACGAUGUGUCAUUCCAGACAUCGCCCAACCCUAGUGCACUGUGUUUUGGUAGUACAGUGCCCUACACAAUGCCGUGGUGGAAUCGGGUGAAAGAUGUAAAUGAAUCCUCUUUCACGGUCUGCAGCAUCUUAUACACACAGCUAGGAGCAAUUAUUAGUGUCUGCAAACAUGACUGACCUAACUAGCCAAUAGGCGGACAUCCUCAGCGAUGUUUACAUUAACAGUCAGUUUUAUUGCAGAUUGACGCAGUCUCUAUAAAAGCCAUUUUGCAGCAACAAAACUAUUUUUGCAUAAAUUCUUAAUACCCUUUAUUUAUUUUUUAUGGUCAACAUGCGUGAUAAAGGCAGAGGCAAUUAUUGACAAAGUGAUUAUACUAUAUGGAUAUGUUUAUGACGUAAAUAUUUACUUACUUUGUAGAGCGGUUUGGAUCUCAAUGUUGCAUCAGGAUGUCAAAUGUCUAAGUGAGUAUGAUGACUUACAUAGAAGUUCAAUGUUUUUUGUGUGCAUAUGACUUGAUUUGUUCAAAUGUCUAGAAACUAAGUGUUUUACCAUGGGUGGAGAAAUGGAUUGAGUCAAUGGCUGUUUCCAUUAACUUGUCCAGUGAUUCUGUCAACAUGUAGCAAGUUCGCAUAGAAAAUAAUGCGACAUUUGCCUGCUACGGUGCGUUUCCAAUUAACUAUCUUGUGUCGAUUUUAAAAACAGCUGGACGUAAUACCGUCACACAUUUAAAAAAAUAAGUGGUUGAAGUCAUUCCAUUAACCAUUUUAGGUAAAUUGUGCGUUAAUAAAUUGGUGACUGCCUUUAUGCCCUCCCACCUUCUGUUUCGGGUAGCCUUCAAAAGCUAGCAUGUAUAUACAGAGUUUCCCAAACUAGGGGUCGCCUGAUUUGAAAAUGGGGUCACGAGAGAAACUCUGAAAUAAAAUCACGGUUCAUAGAACUGGGGUUACAGUGAGGGGAAAAAAGUAUUUGAUCCCUUGCUGAUUUUGUACGUUUGCCCACUGACAAAGAAAUGAUCAGUCUAUAAUUUUAAUGGUAUGUUUAUUUGAACAGUGAGAGACAGAAUAACAACAACAAAAUCCAGAAAAACGCAUGUCAAAAAUGUUAUAAAUUGAUUUGCAUUUUAAUGAGGGAAAUAAGUAUUUGACCCCCUCUCAAUCAGAAAGAUUUCUGGCUCCCAGGUGUCUUUUAUACAGGUAACGAGCUGAGAUUAGGAGCACACUCUUAAAGGGAGUGCUCCUAAUCUCAGUUUGUUACCUGUAUAAAAGACACCUGUCCACAGAAGCAAUCAAUCAGAUUCCAAACUCUCCACCAUGGCCAAGACCAAAGAGCUCUCCAAGGAUGUCAGGGACAAGAUUGUAGACCUACACAAGGCUGGAAUGGGCUACAAUACCAUCGCCAAUCAGCUUGGUGAGAAGGUGACAACAGUUGGUGCGAUUAUUCGCAAAUGGAAGAAACACAAAAGACCUGUCAAUCUCCCUCGGCCUGGGGCUCCAUGCAAGAUCUCACCUCGUGGAGUUGCAAUGAUCAUGAGAACGGUGAGGAAUCAGCCCAGAACUACACGGGAGGAUAUUGUCAAUGAUCUCAAGGCAGCUGGGACCAUAGUCACCAAGAAAACAAUUGGUAACACACUACGCCGUGAAGGACUGAAAUCCUGCAGCGCCCGCAAGGUCCCCCUGCUCAAGAAAGCACAUAUACAUGCCCGUCUGAAGUUUGCCAAUGAACAUCUGAAUGAUUCAGAGGAGAACUGGGUGAAAGUGUUGUGGUCAGAUGAGACCAAAAUGGAGCUCUUUGGCAUCAACUCAACUCGCUGUGUUUGGAGGAGGAGGAAUGCUGCCUAUGACCCCAAGAACACCAUCCCCAAUGGAGGUGGAAACAUGAUGCUUUGGGGGUGUUUUUCUGCUAAGGGGACAGGACAACUUCACAGCAUCAAAGGGACGAUGGACGGGGCCAUGUACCGUCAAAUCUUGGGUGAGAACCUCUUUCCCUCAGCCAGGGCAUUGAAAAUGGGUCGUGGAUGGGUAUUCCAGCAUGACAAUGACCCAAAACACAUGGCCAAGGCAACAAAGGAGUGGCUCAAGAAGAAGCACAUUAAGGUCCUGGAGUGGCCUAGCCAGUCUCCAGACCUUAAUCCCAUAGCAAGUCUGUGGAGGGAGCUGAAGGUUCGAGUUGCCAAACGUCAACCUCGAAACCUUAAUGACUUGGAGAAGAUCUGCAAAGAGGAGUGGGACAAAAUCCCUCCUGAGAUGUGUGCAAACCUGGUGGCCAACUACAAGAAGCGUCUGACCUCUGUGAUUGCCAACAAGGGUUUUGCCACCAAGUACUAAGUCAUGUUUUGCAGAGGGGUCAAAUACUUAUUUCCCUCGUUAAAAUGCAAAUCAAUGUAUAACAUUUUUGACAUGCUUUUUUUCUGGAUUUUUUGUUGUUGUUAUUCUGUCUCUCACUGUUCAAAUAAACAUACCAUUCAAAUUAUAGACUGAUAAUUUCUUUGUCAGUGGGCAAACGUACAAAAUCAGCAGGGGAUCAAAUACUUUUUUCCCUCACUGUUCAUCAGUAACCAGUUGUAAUAAACCAUUUAAGCUACAAAAUAUUAUGACCCCAUCACUGAAAGGUAUGACUUUGUUUCCCUCUACAAUGCCCACAAGCCGCGCAGGACUCAGUAGAACAGAGUGGACAAUACCAGGCACUAAAUAUGACUGGGAAGAAAAGAACACCACCAAUGACAAUAUUUUCUACAGAAAAUAUCAUACAAAUUAUUUCUUGAUCUUCUGAACUUUCCAAUACCUUUCUAAUGCAUUUCAGUCACUUCAAACCAUUUGUAAUAGACUGUCAUAGUCCCAAUGAACAUUGGCCGUUGAUUAUAUCGCUUUAUUUACAUUGUGGAGUUGUGACAUAUUUUUUAUAUGAAAAAGGGGUCGCGGGCCAAAAAAGUUAUGGAACCCCUGUUCAUAUAAUUCUCAUGUGCCAACGAAUUGCCACUGUGAAACUUGCACUCCUGUAGAUCUGAAAUAAUUGGAUGGUGAAACUUGCAUCCAGCCAACCAGAAAAGCAAGGUGAAGCAAUUCAGCCAUUCUUGAAAGUCAAGACAAUCCUUGUCCUGCAAAUAAACUUUAUUUUCAUAGUUGAAAAAUAGAUUUAGCAAGCAAUAGGCAUUUAGAAUUAAAUGUGGAGUGGAGCUUUAUAGUUGGGUGUUGACAUCACGUGCCCCGCUUACCUUCAAAAUUAUUCGGCAGUCAUUUAUUCAGAAAAACAUAAUUUCCAUCAUUUGCUGCAAUAAAGUUAAACAAAAGAAGAAUCCACCCCUGUCGAACGGAUACGAAUGUUGUCGAUCUUUAGAACAUUUCUCCUACAUCUGCCGUUUCUAUUACACGUUACAAUGUUGUUUUUUUGCGACAUUGCUUUUGUCAAAUAAACCUGGGUCAAUGGAAACCUGCCUAGUGAGAGCAGUGAUCAUGGAUGGUGUUGGCCAGGUUGAUCUCUUUUGUGAGGAAAAAGCAUGGAGGAAAAAUAGAUUAAGGGAAAUGGAUGGAGUUAACAUUUCAGUCUAGGGGAAUGCUUGUCUAACUACGUUCAACCUCUUCAUAUCCCCAACUGUAGUUUAAGGUAGGGGUACUAGUCAGGGAAUUAUUUGGUUAAGAUUCAUUCAUAAGUAUGCAUAAAAACAAGCUGGCAGUGCCUUAGUUUGCAUGAAUAAUACCAUCGCACCUAAUUGUACUUUGUUAAACAUACCUGUAUUUUGUACAAUAGUCUUGUUUUUCCUCUGUUCAUGUUUUAUUUUUUGUUUCCGUCCAUUUUAGGCACAAGGACACGAAAAACAAUGAGACUCCAUCCUCUUCCACACAAGCUUUAGAUGUAAAUACUGCUGGCAAGACUGAACAUGAUUUCAACCAAUCAGGUAUGGAGGCGGAUGAAGAGGUUGGUGGUGGAAAGUCCCCUGGAAGCCCGACCUCUGUGAAGCGAUGGGUGAUUGGCCCAUUGUUUCAGUCGUUUAAAUCCAAGAUGGCCAGUUUCACACAGAUUGUCAUGAGUCCCGUCCGACUUUUCAAACCCAGUGGCUCCCCACCUGAACCAGAUGUAGACAUCUCCUCUGCCUCUCAUAGCUCUCACCAACAAGGACCUGGGUACGGGCUAACCUCUGGCACAGUGCAACACUUUGACGCUGGAACAGGACAUGAUGACCCUGCCUCUCGUACACGCUUAAAGUUCAGCAUGGAUGAAGAAGAGGAGGAUGAGUUUUCUCUUGAGGUGAAACAAAAUAUGAUGCGACCUGGAGAUGAGCAAAGUGACACCCUUAUGUCAACCAGCUCAGAAAGGGAAAUGAAUAACAAUGAUUCUUUACCUUGUAUGCAGCGUAGUCCCCUACUCAGAAGCAGUAUCAAGUGUGGUUCUGAAUCAACGGAGUCCCAGCUCAACUUGUCCUCUUCCACAUCCUUAAAACCCCCUGACUCUUCAAGUGCCACAUGUGGGUCCAAGCUGUCUCUCAUUGUUCAAAUGGAGGAGCAGGUGGAUUUGACAGGAGCUCAGCGGAGACCAUUGCGCCGAAAAUGUGUUUGUCAAAAUGAAGCUGCAUCACAGAGCAGUCCCUCUGCUGCAACUGAAGCAUCUCAAGCAGACCGCAUCUCUAGUUUGCCAGCUGAAGUAGGAAUCUGUGAGCCCAAGGCUAAACGGCUUGCCACAAAAUCUUAUGUAGGGUGCAAAAUCUGGGACUAUAUUGACAGUGAAACAUCUAGUCCAUUAUCCUCCUCUAUCUACUAUACCCCUUCUGAGAGUCUAUGCCAGGCAGAUGAUGACUGUAUAAAAGCUGUUGGGCUGCCUCAAGACCGAAACAUGUUGGUAUGUGGUUCCCAGUCACAUAUGUCUAUCCGGAAAAGCCCCAGAAAACCUUCAAAUGUUACUGGAAACGAAACACUGAACAACUGUCAGUGUCUUCAAAAGCAGAUAGAUGAGUGUGAAGGAAAGCAAGGCUAUAUGGCAGGCACAGCAAAGGAAGGUAAGAGGAGAUGCAGAGCAACUCCUUUUACAGCGAUCAAGAGAGACGCAGAGAAAAGGAAAAGAGUGAAACUGACGAAAGGGGAGAGAUGUGAAGAGGUUACAAAAAAAGAAGACAUGGUAGAUGUUGAGUUAGAAAGUUGCACAUUAACAUCGGUAGAGCACACGAGUGAUGUAGAACUUGUCCAGCCGGGGGUUGGAACAAAACUGUGUACAACUUCUAAAUCUCAGUCUCUUAAAAGUAGGGUGCUGCCUCGGGUUAGCCAGAGUUCUACCAUACACAUUGAAACCACUCAGAAACCCUCUGAUACACAUGUACCUCUGAUGGAGGUGAUGAAGGACAAAGGUAGCAGACGAAGUGGGCGUGUUAAGAAAAAUACAUAUUUCACAGUAAUGGCCACUUCAAGUAAUGGGAGUGUACUAGAGCACAGUAAUGGCAGUUUGUGUGACAACAGCAUAGCAGCCAGCAAUAGUAGGGGUAUGACCAGUGCCUUGAGUUAUGGUGACACUGACUCUAGUUCAGCAUGUAAUUUGGAAAUGGAAACUACCAUGACAACCACUUUGAUGAAAGAAAAUCAUGAACUGCCUGUCUCUGAGCAGCACUUAGAUAUCAAGGGGAAGUGGCCUCAAACGGCAUCCAAAAAUCAGCAAAAACACAUCUGUAAGAAGAGGAAGUCAUCUCAAAAUCAACAAAAGUGUCCAAAGUUGAAUGAGAUCGCUUCAGAAGAGAGUUGUCCACUAAAACCACCGAAACAAAAGAAAUCCAGUAGGUCUUAUAACUCGAGCUCAACCCAACAGCUUGGCACGUCUUUAGGGCUAACUGAUGUUGGUGCUGAUCACUUGCACUCAUUGAAGCCCAGCAAAGAUGACAAUGACCAUGUAGAUUCCAGAUCUUCAAACGUUACACAACAGACAUUACAGACUACCGCAGUCGUGGCUGUCCACAAAGACGCAAGUUGGGGAGCAGAAAGGAGUGGGUCUGACUCUUGCAAGAGCCCAAAGAAGAAUCUGAAUGGAUCUAAUAAAACCUCUGCUAGUGAUGCAUUACUGGUGGAUAAGAGGUUUGUGGAACCCCUUGGUGGACAUAAGCGAGUCAGGCGAGGUCCGUCCACAGAGGACAAUGACAAGACAACUCAGUCCCUGCAACUUAAUCAAAUAACAGUUGAAGAUAAGAAGAGAACUGUGCCUUGGCCUGUGCGAACUUAUCCCAAAUGUUCAAUAAAGCUGAACAAAAAUAUAGUCAAACAUUCUAUGGCUAUUCAAGGAAAUGAUGUGGCAAGGGACUCUGAUGUAGAAGAGGUAUUUUCCACUGCCUCUGAACCAACUAACCUUGGCCAGAACAAGACUGUUGACAAGGUGAUGGAGGAGGAGCAGGGGAAGGAAGAUGAGUGUUCUGAACUGCGUGUACCCUCUGAGACAAGGCUAAGGGGGAGGGGGCAAAGAAAGAUGCCAAAGAAAGCAGAGAAUCAAAGUAGGAAGCGCAGGCCUGUGGUUAGGAAGAGGGGGCAGGAUGAAGAGGAGAGAAAUGCCGUGAUUAGUGAGCAGAUGGACUUUUCAUCAGAUAACAACAAGACACUUACCAAGCGUCUGUUGCGGAGCUACUCCUGCCCAGAGAUCCCUACUCUCCUCCACCAUGACAGCCACUGGACCACCUCUCUGCACGGCAGGAUCCUCGCCGUACCUCGGCUCCACCCCGCCCUCUUUCCUCCUGUCCCCCCUCCUCCCGCACCAUCCAGACGUCCACGGCGUCAUACUGUCUCUAGUGUGGAAAUUGAGCGGGAGAUAGCUCCGUUAUGCCUGCGUAAGGAGGUGUUCCCCUCAAGAAGGUCCUACUCAUUGGGCACCCCAUCCUACCACCUGUUCCCCAGUGCGCCACUCUCCACUUCCAUCUCUGCCUGGGCCUCCUGCUUCCUGUCAAGCCCCCUGGCCUUCCUCUCCAGGAAAUUGCAAAAAGGAAGUCUAGCUGCCAGUAGUAGUGCUUGCAGUCAUGAUACCUCUUCCCCCUCCAGUGUUUUCUCUUCCAUUUCACCAUCCUGCUCUUCCUUACGGCACCUGUUCUCCAGUUCUGAUCCCUGUGACCUGACCUCAGACACAUCCUCUGCUUCAGUCUCCUCCCUUUGCAGGUAAAACACCACUUUGUCCUUUGUUCAAAAAUACACAUUUUCCUUUUUGAUUAUAGGAGUUAAAAAUGAUUAAUGAUUUGAUUCCACCCUGUUUCCAGUGCAUUUUCAAAGAUUCCCUUGGAGAGUGAGACAAGCCAGCAACGUGAGGAGGAUGGAGAGAAUGUGGAGGACAGCAACCGUUUCAGGACUGAGUUCGAAGCCAUAGGGAUGAGAGAGGAAAAAGCAUUGUCAGAUUCUGAAAUUAAGGUACACUCUCACCACAUAAUAUUUAAUGUGAACUAUGUAAUUUGCAUAUGACAUACAGUAUGUAAUUAGUUUAUGAAGAUGAGUAGAUAAGUGAGUGACUUUAACCCACCUUCACCAUGGUAACACUGUGGUGGUGUUUGCACAGUUGGAAACCGGCAAGCAUGAGGAACGAAGGAAAGUAUCAUCCAUUCGAAUUCGUAAAGCCUUACCCAAACCCCUCCACAACCUCACACCCAUGGGCCUGCCCAAGCCUAUCAGGUAUGUGUAUUUGUCUGUUCCUGAGUAUUUGAAGUAUCUCUUAGUGGUGUGAAGGUGUGCCUGUGUUUAUAUCGUACAUUUGAUACCUGUAUUCGUAAAUGUGAUGACAUGGAUUACAAAAAACCCAACUGAUGGUGAUCUGUUAUGUGUUACAACAGGGUGAAGAAGAAGGAGUUCAGUUUGGAAGAAAUCUACACUAAUAAAAACUUCACCAAGCCCCCUGAAAGGUUACUGUUCACUCAUGCAUCUCAUUGUUCAUCCUGCAGUAUAUGUAAUCGUCAUUGUACUGACUGACUGUAACAUUCACUUUCCUUUCAUUAACAACUUCCUUGCUCUGUGUUUGUUUGUUUUUCUUUCGUCCCAGACGGCUGGAGACCAUAUUUGAGGUGCCACUCAGUCGACGCGAUGGGUCUCAGUCUCUCCUUGGCCAGAAGCGCAUGAAGCGUUUUGUGGAGUUCCCAGAGGUUGGCGUGGCCAGAAAGCCAAAAAAGCCACUUGUUGGUGCUGGGGCAGGGGGUGGUUUACCCAGGAAAGCUGGGGUUGGCACUCCUUUCGGAAGGCCCAAGCGCGGGGGUUGCCCCUCUUCUAAAGAUCACCCCACCCUCAAUCUGCAGGAGCUUGAUUCACUUCUUUGCUCCAAGCUUGACCAACUGGAUUCCUGGUUAGCUUUUGACCAGGAGAUCUGUUGAAAAAUGCCAAUCAAAGGGGUAGACAAAAGCACAUUUACAUUUUCGAAAAUAUUCUCAUUACAAUUUGCCCAGCCCUGUUGCCUUCCACCCAACAUCAAGCUUGUCCUCAUCUUCUGUAAUUGUUUACAACAUUUUUAUUUUGUGGGUGUGUGUUAUUUACCGUCCAUUGAGUUGUUUAAAAUUAUCAUUGAAGAAUUUUUGUAUUUUCAUUGUGUACUAUUUGUAGAUAACGAUAUGGAAUAUACUGUUAUUGUAAUAUUUGAAUAUCUAUGGAUGUAAUGCAUUUUUUAUAAUUGGUUGAGGUCAGUGAGUGUGCAUAAGUGUUUGUGUAUUUAAAACUGCUACUAUUUCUGCACUCAGUUUUGUUGAUAAUCUGCAUUCUUAAUAUGCCAGUGCCUCAGCCUUUUAAUCAUUAUUAAACCUUUUCUGCUUUAUUAAUCACUUGCUACUGAAUCCUAACUUUGGAAGCCCACAUGCAACUCAAAUCUUUGUGGAUAUUAUCCAUUGACAUCAAUGUAUUUUUACACAGCAGUUAUUGUAUGCACAUACAUCUCAAGUAAGGAUUCUUACUAGCCAUACAAUUUCCAGAUGUUAAUUCCCAAUUGAGCUAUAGGUGCAUACCUGUUAUUGGCAACUAGCUUCAGUGAAUGUAGCUUUCAAAUGGCAGCUACUUUCAGGAAAUAUUGAAUGUUGAGAAUUCCGUUUUUGGCCAAAUUACAGCUGUAAGAAAAUCUUUUUUUUUUGAUAACUGUCCUUUAAUUGUUGCCUGACAAUAUUCCUGCCAAUUUUUGCCUUGUAUACACAUUACAUUGUAUUUUCUUAAUCUCCGGGUCAUAACUAUAGCAAAUAAAAUUGACAUUUUCCAUUCAUACAUUUUUGUAAAAAUUCUAAGUCGAGUUGUUACUUGUUAAUUGGACAUGACACUCUAUUUCUAUUGAAACAUUAGCAUGAAUCUUUUCAUCAAUGCAAUUUGUAAUGUUUAGUAUCAUUGUGAAUUGUAAUAUUUAUGUUUUGAUAGCAAAAUGUAAUUGAAAAUUGCUAGUUCUAUUCACAGUUUUUGUUCUAUAAUUAUUUUUCUGAACAUAUUUGUCUUUACUGUGUGUUUUGCUAUUGAAUAAAUGUAUUUGUAUGCAUUUCUUGUUACAGCUAGAGAGUGACUUUAUAUUAAGUAAAAGGUAUUUGUAGCUAUAUUAACUUAAUGUAAAUGAAGCAAAUAGCCUGAAAAGAAACUUAAUUCAGAGCAAAUUGAUGUAAAUGUAUUUUCAUUUUAUUACAAAAUCCUUUAAUUAAAACAUGCAAUGUAUAAAUAUAAAAUACAAUAAAGUAAUGCAAUAACAUGGUAAUGUAAUCACAAUGAACUUUUGUACCUUUUUGGUAUUUAAAACCAAAGGCAGUUUUCACUAUUACUGUAAAUCAAAAAGACUGCCCUGAUUUAAUUAUACCUAGUUCACAAUUUGUCCUUUAUAAUUAGACAUUCAUAGUUAGCUCCUCACAUAUACAAAUAAUAAUUUAUUUGACAGCUAAGUAAAAAUAUAACAUUGUUAAAAAACAAAGUUUGUGUUGCAUAUCAUAAAUGGUAAAAGUAACAUGUCAAAGUUGAGACAGAUAGUGGACAUGGUAGUGUUUUGGAGUCAGGCCCAUGUAUAGUGCCUCCCAGAUUGUUUUGCAUUUAUACUGGAUUUUUUAAAAUCUCUGCUGUUUUAUGCUCAUACAGUCUUGGAUUCAUGUCAGCAAAUAGACCUUGUCCAUUAAAUGCUAUAUCAAAAACAACUGGUUAUUUUGUGUCCCCUUGCUCAUCUCUCGUCUCCUAACCGACCUCUUAUUCAGGAAAGAGGUAGUUUGGUUAUAGUCCUUACUCGAUCAUAGUCUGCUGCUGGAAA